AUGAUCGGUAAUAGAUUCUUAACGAUUUUAUUCGUAGUCAUUUUAUUUCAUUAGGCAAAUGCUUAGUGUGGAACUAACGCAUCUAAAGUAGGCAGCACCUGUUAUUGUAAUCCAGGUUAUUAUGGCCCAAAUGAUAGUAAUUGCUAAUAAUGUCAGAGCAACACUUAUUCACUACAAGGUGUAAGCAACACAGGUCCAAGUGUUACUUAAUUUUCAGCUUGUAGCUAUUGUUAAAUUGGCUACUAUGUAACAACUCCAGGUACUGCCACUGCUUUACCAGGUUGUCUUUAAUGUCCAGCUGGUUCAACAACUCUAAAUCCCCUAAGUUAACCAGGUUCAAUAUCUAGUUGUAUAUGUUUUGAUCCAAAUGGAACAGCAUUGUCUUCCUUGAGUUAAGCAUGUUAGUGCAAUAUAGGAUUUUAUGGAUCCCCUUAGACAACAUAAGCUGGUCCUAGUGGAUGUACUCCUUGCCCAGCUAAUUUUACAUCACCAAUAGGAACAGCUGAUUAAACUGGGUGUACAAAAUAAUUAGAUUCGUCUAUUUUAAAAGCAUUCUAAUAGUUAAUAAUGAUUUUGAUUCUUUUUUGA